AAUGGAAAACAAAGAGUUAGAGUAAGAAAUCAAAAAGAAAAUAUCAAAUAUUCCACUCAAAGAUAGAGCAAAAGUUACAGCUCUUAGAUAUUAUUUAAAUAAAUGUAAAUAAGCUGAUACAGACAUGGAAACAACUUGUGAUAAUAUUCAAUCAAAAUAUGAUAAAUUAAGUAUGCCAAUCUAUUAAAGAGUAAGACUCAUAUUUAUUUAAUUAAUUAGGCUGAUGAAAUAAUUUUGGGUACAGCAUAAUUGAAUGAAUAAAAUCUUGGUUUAGCAGCUAAAUUAUUAUCAGAAGAAGAAUUAUAAUAAUUUAAUCAAAUUCCUAAAGAAUCUAAAGCUAUUCCUGAUUAUUGGUUAAAAGUGUUUAAAAAUGCUGAUUUAUAAGAAUUACCAUUAACAGAAAGAGAUGGUGAAGCAUUCAAAUUUUUAUAGAAAAUUGAAUUUACAUUGGCUGAAAAUGAUUCAGAUUUCUUCCUAAAAUUCCAUUUUGCAGAAAAUCCAUUCUUUAAAUAAACAAUUUUAGAAAAGAAAUUUUAUUAUGAAGAUGAUGAAUUAACUAAAGUAGAAGGUACUAAAAUUGAAUGGCAUGAUGGAAAGAAUUUAACAAAGAAAUUAAUUAAGAAGGUAUAUAAUAUUAUAUAUAAUUUGUAUAUAGAAAUAAAGAAAUAAGAAGACAGGAUAAUUUAGAGUAAUUUCAAAGGAAGUUGAUGAUGAAAGUUUCUUUUUAUUUUUUAGAUCAAUUGAUAUAUCCAAUAAAGAAAAAUUUGAUAAAUUACCUGAAGAUGAAGUAUUAAUAUAUAUUUAAAGUGUAGUAAAUUUCAUUAUAAGGUUAAUUAGAUGUUGAUUAAGAUGUAGGUAGAGAAAUUGUUGAUGAAUUAUUACCAUAUUCUCUUGAAUACUUUUUAGGAAUAAAGGAAUUUAAGACUGAAGAUGAUGCAGGUGCUGAAGGAGAAGAAGAUGAUUCUGAAGAUGAUGAAGAAGUUGAAGUAUAAACUAAAGGAUAAAAUAAGGGAAAAGAUAAGAAAAAGAAAUGAUUUAUGU